AUGGUAGAUCAACACCCGCUGUUCAAACCCGGAGUUUUCACACUGCCGUUUGGGAAAGACGCGGGAGAAAGGGGGGCGGUGGGCAGAACAGUGCUGGAGGGAACCAAAACCUAUGGACGAGAAGCCGGGGCAACGCUCGUCGGCGAACUCUUUUCUGGGGAACGGAGCAUAAGCAGCCCGACCCAACACAACGAACCUAAACCCACGCACGAGCCCCCCCAUCAGCAACAACAAACAAUACGUAACAACAGGCCUGCUUUGUUGCAGGGGUUUCCGUUCUGGCCAAUGUAUUGGAACAUCUACAACUGUACAUACAUAUUGGGACCGAUUGCUGCUCCGGGACAUGUGGGCGGGGUCGUUCCGAAUCGGAUCUCGGAUCUCGAGUGGGUCUGUGUCCCCGAAGCAAGCCCCUUGGCCGGGGUAGCGCCGGGGGAUGCGAAGGGCGAAAAUGCUUAACCGGGGAUAGCGCCAUGGGGCCCGUGCAUCCGUCAAUCACUCCCCACUUGCUGUCAAU